GUACGUGCGCGUCAUGACGUAGAGGAUGUGAGUGGCUGGAAGAGCCGUCCGAUUGCUUUGGAAAAGUAGUGGUUUUGAGACUAUCCACGGCGCUAUGUAAUCGACUGAAAGUUGUCAGAUAUUUUUGGACAAGAAUCCGUUCAAUCCAGCUUCUGCUUCGAGUCGUUUGGGUGCACGUUGAAACUUCGAGGCCUGCUUUGUUAGCCUAGCCUAGUUUAGCAGCUAACAAAGAGAAACAACGCGCCUGGGAUAAACACGUCGCCGAGCAAGCAGACAUCAAGUCCCCAAAUGUCAGAUGUCAGUCAAGCACAUCGUCCUGAACGCCAGGAGUCUCUUUGAAUGGAGGAAGAGUUGCCAUACAUCAAGAAGGUGGAGGAAGAAUUCGUCCACAUUAAAGAGGAGCAGGAGGAGUAUUUCAUUAGAGUGGUGAACCCCCACAUUGAGGAGCAGCAGCAACCUCAACCCCUCAAAAAAGAGGAGGAGGACCCUCCAUAUGUUAAAGUGGUGGUGGUGGACAUCCCCAAGUGGACUGAUGAGCCCUUGAAGGGUGAAGAUGGCGGUGUGAAGGAGGCCAGCAGAGGGACGGAGCCUCAGAAUGGCAGCAACAGCAGUUCAAAAGAAGGAUCUCAAGCAGACAACCUCAUCGCUCGACCAUCAGAGAGUAACAAUUUCACAUCACACUCCCUGUUCUGUUUGAGAAGAUAUCUUGUUGCUGAGUGGCACGGGCCAGAAUCACCUGGCAUCAAAGAGGAUGUUGAGCUCCCCCAAAUCAAAGAGGAGGAGGAACCAGAGCCCUGUCAACAGAAGCAACUUCCAAUCAAAAAGGAGGAGGAAGAGCUGCCAUGCGUUAAAGAGGAGGAAGAGGAGGAGCAUAUCGCUAGGUCAAAUGGUGAGCCCUUGAAGAGUGAAGAUGGUCCAAAUGAGGCUGACAGAGGGGCGGAGCCUCCAAGCGGCUGCAGCAGCAGUUCAACAGAAGGAUUGCAGGCAGACAUUUUCAUCACUCCAUCAGACAGAAGUGGCACCGCAUCACACUCACCUUGCAAUGAUGAUGGUCGGAAGAAAUCUCACACUGACGACAAACUCUACAAAUGCUCUCAUUGUUGGAAAACCUUUCUUACCAAGCAAAAUUGUCAUGCCCAUAUGAGGAUCCACACUGGUGAAAAACCUUUUUCCUGCUCAGUUUGUGACCAAAAAUUCGCUCAGAAGCAACACUUAAAACAACACACAAGAAUCCACACUGGCGAAAAACCUUUUUCCUGCUCAGUUUGUGGUCAAAGAUUCACUCAAAAGCAAUACUUGAAAGACCACACAAGAACCCAUACUGGCGAAAAACCCUUUUCCUGCUCAGUUUGUGAUCAAAGAUUCACUUACAAGCAAUAUUUGAAAGUACACAGAAGAACCCACACUGGCGAAAAACCUUUUUCCUGCUCAGUUUGUGGUCAAGGAUUCUCUCAGAAGCAAUACUUGAAAAUACACAUAAGAACCCACACUGGCGAAAAACCUUUUCCCUGCUCAGUUUGUGACCAAAGAUUCUCUCGAAAGCAAUACUUAAAACAACACACAAGAAUCCACACUGGUGAAAAACCUUUUUCCUGUUCAGUUUGUGACCAGAGAUUCACUUCGAAGCAAAACUUAAAACAACACACAAGAACCCACACUCGAGAAAAACAUUUUUCCUGCUCAGUCUGUGGUCAAAGAUUUGCUCAAAAGCAAUACUUGAAAAAACACACAAGAAUCCACACUGGCGAAAAACCUUUUUCCUGCUCAGUUUGUGACCAAAGAUUCUCUUUGAACCAAAUCUUAAAACAACACACAAGAACCCACACUGGCGAAAAACCGUUUUCCUGCUCAGUUUGUGGUCAAAGAUUCGCUCGGAAGGAUCGGAUAAAGAGACACACGUGUGUUGCCAUGAGAAGCAGUGGCCAGUGACUGUUUUGCCUGUCAUCCAUGCUGGCUUCAUCAGAUUUUGCAUGCAGGUUAUGUUAGGGUUGGGGUUAUGUUCGUAUUUGUGGUACUUUUGUGAUUGUAUUUUUGUUUGGCCUUUGCCAUUUUGUGUUUUAUCUUUUUUGGCCAUCAACGUCUUUCCCUUGGUUCUCUCGCCGACUGGCAUUAUUCAUAUCAUACUCUCCCUUUCAAACUACACUUUCACAUUUAGUAUUAGAAACCGCAGACCCCAAAUUGAAAAUCAUUCAUAAAUAUUGUCAUUAAAUAAAUAUGGAUAUUUAGAAUACAUUGUUCAUGAAUGUAAAAAUAAUUUGAAAAAAUACUGGCUCACAAAUGAGUUUUUUGUGUGGGGGUUAAUGUAAAUAUAAUUUGAUUUCAAUUACUAUUACUACUCGUAAUUGACUGAAUAUGAGGGCCAAAUAAAGAAAAAUGAACAAGAAAAAAGAACUAUGAAAGUGAAGUAAAGGGUACAGGGCCAACUCAGGGCCAGCAAGCUCGACUCUCAGUAUGGCUCCAAAGAAUUUGAAACCUGGAGACUUGGAUGAUGACUUGGAUAAAAUCCUCCAUACAGAAAUUGGAGGUCUUCUUGACUGGAUUGAUUCAAAACCAUAACCAAGAAAUCGCCAGAGAGCUCCAGUGAAUGCGUGCUGAAAAUGAGAAACUCAAGCAGGCGAUCGAGGAGAGAGAUGUUGGCAUCAAAAGGCUGGAAAUUUUGGCUGACAAUCUCGACCAGUGCCGACGUGCAAAUGAGCUCAUCAUUUCGGGAUUACAACUGACGCCAAGCCCAGGUGAUACAGUGGCGCAACUGGCAAUGGCUAAGCUGAAAGAGUAUGGAAUAAACAUGGAACCGCUGGACAUCCGUUGCUGUUUUCUGCUCCCAUCUGGGGGGAGAGGACCGGCGACGGUGCUCAUGAAGCUGGCAGACCACAAGACCAAGACUGCCCUGCCUAACCAGCGCCGCCACCUGUAAGGGUCGAAGAUUUUUUUGAAUGACAACUUGACUCGCCGAAAUGCCGAAAUUGCAAGAAAAGCACGUCAACUCAAGAAAGCUGGGAAAAUAGCCAACACCUGGGUCUCAGAUUGCAGGAUCCUUAUCAAGAUGCAAGAUAUGAAGAUUAAAGCUAUACAGAGUCUUGAGGAGCUGACCCCACUCGAAAAUUAAUAUGACAUCUGAAACCACACUUCGAUUACUACUGGAUGAACAGAUUGACCCAAAUGAUUAGAUUGACUACAAUAGCAUGUUGGAUAACUGUACAUACUACACAGCGGUCCAGUAUAACAACUCUGUGGAUGUGGACGGUAAGCUGAAAUUUGUCAACAGCAGGACUCUCUACAAGAAUUUCAAACACAUUAAGGAUUAUCUACUAAAGAUGACAAAGGCUCUGACUUUAAUUUGCAAGGAUAUAACAUGGCACAAAUGAAUCGGGCAUCUAAGGGAGGAGGGGGUGUUGCAAUUAUGAUUGACAAUCUCUUGGAAUGUAUUACAACUGAGCUCCUUAUCUCCAAUUGUAAAAACAUAAUUAUCGGCUGUGUCUCCCGAGCUCCUGAUUCAAAUGUCCAGCUUACUGAGUAUAUGGAAAAGAUACUGUUUAAAACGAAUACUAAGAAUGUCUUUUGUUGUGGAGACUUUAAUCUUGGGAUAAAAUAUGUACAACGUGUUGUUUGAUUUUCCUCAUAUAUUCAUGUCUGAUGAAACUAUUACAGUGAUCUUUGUGUGCGCCAAUUGUUGCCACCAUCUACACCUUAGGAAUGUACGAUAACACAUAAUCACUUUUGCCACACACAUAGCCACAACAAAAUGUUCCCACAGCAAAUAGAUGCUACAAUGUCAAGGACAUGACAAAGCCAUAACCUUGCACGCCCUGAAAGUCAGACCACUAAUUUUGUGCAAGAGACUGCUGUGUCAACAACCGCGAGCUGCUUGACUGGACGCCGAGUUAUUGUAAACCCAGACUGUUGAUUGUGUUAUUGUACAGUUUGUGGCCAUGUCAUGUAUGUAACUGUACCAUGUUGAUUGUGCGUCUUUAGCUGUAUGGGGGGACGGGAAACUGAUAAGCAUAUGCUUCCCCCGUCUCCCUUUGUCUUCUUCGGUUCCUUCCUUUGGGUAAAUCAUAUCACAUUUGUAAUUGUCAAUGAUACCGAUGAUGAUGUCAAUAAAUAUUUCAUUCAUUGAAAGUCAUGUUUUCACGACAAGAAUUGUUUUUUUUUUCUUGUAGCAAGUCAAGUUUUGGUAUAUCAUUUUUGUUAAAAAUAAAUAUCGAAAGAAAUAAAAAACUGACUCAUUUCUAUAUUUAACUUGGCAGAUUAUAUAUGUUUUGUGUUGAAAAUGUUUUUUGUUUGUUAAGAACAUGGUCACCAACUGAC